ACUCUGGUUGGACAAUAGCCUCAAACCUGACAUGAACAUAAAGCACUGGCAACAUGCAGCUGGGGUUCAGUGCUUGUGAAUAUGUCACUGCUACAGUUCUUGAGUUGUCAUCUCAUUUUGACACUGUCUGUAUUGACUGGAGCAAAAAGUGCUGAUGACUAUUACAUAAGACGGUCAAGAUGCAUCUACAGCUCUCCUGAUUACAGUGACAUGGUGUAUAUUGACAGCUUUUAUUUAAAUAAAUUUCUAUUCACACAGUUCAACAGUACUUUGAGGAAGUUUGUGGGAUUUAGCGAGAUCGGAAUGAAAUUUGCAGAGCGAUGGAAUGAUAGCCCCUUUUUGGAAUCAGAGAGAAAUGUUGCUACUAUAUGCAAAUUUCUUUUUAAAACCGAGGACACACCUGACCUUGUUAAAGUAGUGAAACCAAAGGUUAAGCUCAGAUCAGUGAAACAGGCUGGUGGCAGACAUCCAGCUGUGUUGAUGUGCAGCGCAUAUGAAUUUUAUCCUCCGCACAUCAAAGUUUCGUGGCUGAGAGAUGGUAAACCAGUGACCUCUGAAGUGACAUCCACUAUGGAGAUGGCUAAUGGUGAUUGGUACUACCAAAUUCACUCUGACCUGGAGUACACUCCCAGAUCUGGAGAGAAGAUCUCCUGUAUGGUUGAGCAUGAUAGCUUCAAUAAACCCAUGAUCUAUGACUGGGGGUCACAUAUUAUAUCUGACGUACUGUACUCCACAGAUCCGUCUCUCCAAGAGUAUGAGAGGAAUAAAGUUGCUAUUGGAGCCUCUGGUCUGGUGCUGGGAAUCAUCUUCACAGCUACUGGACUAAUUUACUUCAAGAAGAAAUCAACAGGAAGGGUCCUAGUACCUCAGCAAUGAUGGUAGAUUGCUCAUUCAAGUUUGAUAACUCACUUUGAUAAUUAUGACUGCAAGGGGACAAAUAAUGAAAAAUGUUCACUUUGCACCGAGCUUUGUGACAUGAUCUCAGCUUAUAAGUUUCCAGUUAUGUAUGUUUUCAGUGUACUGUAAAUUGUAAUCACUUGUGGUUCUCAAUCCUGGUCCUGGGGACAUUUUCCGUCACUCUUAUCUGACACACUCAGAUUAUGUUUAUGGAUUUUGUAAUAGUUUUGAAUACAGAGAACAAUAUUAUCAAAACAAGUCACAUGGAUACAAAAAAACAACUUAAAAUGCUGCAUUAUGCAUGCCACACCAGUAGUUGCCAAUGUCACUUUGUGAAGAAACACAACAUACCCGCACACAUACACAUUCUUCUACAAAGUCAAGAUGCAUGCACAAAACAUCACCGUUCUCAUAAACAAUGUUUUAACUAUUCUGUGUUAUUUAUCAUAAGUUAUGCCACUACAUAUACUGUAUGUUUAUGCCAUUUUCAGUGUCAGUGAUGCUGUUUAAGAUUGAAGACGUUUUAUCAUUAAAUUAACACAGAGAACAUUACUGAAUUUUUUUAAACAACGGACAACCCUAAAAUAAAUUGUAAUAAGCUGUGUUCUCAUGAGUAGCUCUGCAUGUACAGUACACUAUACUGGAAACACCUGAGCCAUAUGUAGAACAGUAGUUGUGCAAGUAGUCAAUUCAAUCUUCAUGAUACAACUAUCAUACAUAAUCUUAACUUCCGUUAUCAUUUAACUAAUGUUUUACAUUUAUAACAUUUACAUUUUAAUUAAAAUGAUAAAAAUAACAAUGGCAGAAAUAUAGCACAAAGUCUGGUAGGUUUUUUUUUUUUUUUUAUUGUCGUAAGCAUUAUAUGAACAAAAGAUCAUAUUUGAGUAAACGAUUUUUUUUAAAUGUUAACAGUUGAUGUAUGAUGUAUUGUUCUUGCUAAGUUAACCCUCUGGAGUCUAAGGGUAGUUUUGGGGCCUGGAGAAGUUUUGUCAUGCCCUGAUAUUUGUGCUUUUUUCAGUUUCUUAUAAAUAUCUAAAUGGGUAAAGUCUAAUAUCACUGUAGUCAGCACAAACUGGGCUAUAAUAAUAUGUGAAAUGCAUGUAUGUACAUGAUUGUGUUUUUGGGAAGAAAAACGUUAUGCGUGGUUAGUGAAAAACUAAAAAUGUUAAAUCACUUGAAUAAGGCCAUUAAACACAUUCGUAACAUUGGUUCCUGGGACUUUUGAGAACUGGAGCUUGCAGCCUAGAAUUUUUCUUUCCAAAUUAUGUGAAAAUCAUCUUGUUUACUCACUCACAGAAAACAAUAUAAUGAUGAAAUUUUUUAAGACACUUUUUGUUUUUUUUAAAAGUCAUAUGUGAUGUCCGAAUGCCUGAGGAUGACCUGAGGGGGUCACCUGAGCCCUAAAUGUGUGAGAAACAGCCCACAGAGAGUGUUUUACAGUAUGUUAUCCAUGGAAAAGUACAGCUGCUAAGGCUUUGUAACCUUGACAGCAAAGGGGUAUAAGGGGGUGGACUGCCCUCCCUUCCUCUGUCGCACUCUGCAGGAACUUGUGUUGCUGUAUGACUGUCUGACCUUCUUUGCAAAGAAUAAAAAAGCAUUCUUUUUAAUGAUAAA